ACGGACCUAAUAAAACGGCCACCGGAAGUGUUCGUCCUGGAAUGUGUUCCGUGUAUGCACAGCGCAAGGAUGGAGUGUGUGAAUAAAGCGGGUCAGCUCAUGAGUCUGGCGGCUCUACAGCAGCAUGACCCCUACAUAGUGAACCUGCUGGACGUCGCCGGACAGGUCGCGCUCUACACCUUCAACUCCAAAGCGAACGAAUGGGAGAAAACUGAGAUUGAAGGCACUUUAUUUGUGUAUGCGAGGUCUGCAUCUCCUCAUCACGGCUUCACAAUCAUGAACCGUCUCAGUACAGAGAACCUAGUGGAGCCGAUCAAUAAAGACCUUGAGUUCCAGCUGCAGGACCCUUUCCUCCUCUACAGGAACGGAAACUUGGGCAUCUACAGCAUCUGGUUCUAUGAUAAAGCCGACUGCCAGCGGAUCGCACAGCUCAUGCUGCAGAUAGUCAAGCAGGAGGCGUUGCGAGCGUCUCCUGACAGAGGUCCGAGCAGCAGGACCAAUGGCUGUGUUCAGAGCAGACCCACAGAUAUCCUGGAGCUGCUCAGCAAGGCUAAAGAGGAGUAUCAGAGGAGUCAGUCGUCUGACACAGAUGUUCAGGGGAGCUCAGAAGCUGCUCUGUCUCUGGAGAAGAGAGAAGAGGUCACCGCUGCUCAACACGAGAAGUCCGGUCCCUCGGUGAAGCAGAUCACGGUGGAAGAGCUCUUCGGCAGCUCUCUGUCCAGAGAAGUGUCCCAGUCGAGCAGCUCCAGUGUGGGAGAGGGCAAGCGUGGGCCUGUGUUCGCCCCUCUGUGUCCCUCGGUGGAGCCCCUCCUCGCUCCUCGUCUGUCUGCUGACCCAGGAGCCCCGGCGCUGGUCUCUCUCUUCCAGAGCUGUGGCACCCGAGACCCCAGACCAGCCGCUUCAAACACAGAGGAGAGGUCCAGCGGUCCGUCUGUGCAGCGAGGUUCGGCUGCGUACAGGAGUCCUCUCACAGAUGGGUUCAUGCCCGGCCCGCUGGUCACCCCACAGAGCUUCAGAGAGUCCACCUGCAAACUUCCAGGACCCUUCACGGGAAAGACUGCAUUAUCUGCUCCGGUCAAUACACCGAGCAGCGUCUUCAUGAGUAAAGAGGCGCAUGCGUUCACACCGUCCUCCACUCGGGUCAAACCCCUUCCAGCGGGGCCAGCUGUUCAGGGGGAGGAGUCUUCACUGCUGCUGUCUCCUAAUGUGUUCCAGCACUCAGUGAUCAAGACAGCCGAGCCUCUGAAGAUCCCGGCGUCCCCCACGUCUCCCCCAGCAGACCUGUACAGUCGCACCCAGCUCAGAGACACACUCAUACAUCUCAUAAAGAAUGACGGUCGUUUCCUCAGUGCAAUCCACGAGGCCUACACACAGAGCCUCUCUAAAGGCCUCAACAACAUCAAGUUAUAGCCACAGCCUGAGAGAACUACACGUGUGCGCUGGAGCGUCUCAGAUUCACUAGCUUUCCCACAUCUGCCAAUCUCAAAAAAAAAAAAAAAUGUUUCUGUCUGUGACUCCCAGCACAAUUAAGUGCAGUAGUGUAAAGGGACUUGUGCAAUACGAAGCAUUGUCUCUGGAGAAUUGCCUUUCCUUCAUGAUCCUGCCAGGCGCACAGAUAUGAUGCAGACUCCCAGUCUCCAGUGUUUUUCUGUUCAGUCAGUAUUGUGUGCAGCACUGGGAUUCUCUGAGCUCCCGGCACAUGAAUUUUGUGCACUUAUUGUUUUUGUUUUUACCAGCUUGGUGGUUUAAUUUGGCCAGAAAAUGAAUAAAGGUUAGUAGAGUUAAAAACCAUUUCUCUUGCCCCCACAGUUGAACUCUGGUGUGCAGGUAGUAGACUCUAAACAUCAGCGUGUACAGCUAUAGUAGUUUAUUUAAAAUGAGAUGCAUCAAAUCAAGAUUUCAGUGUUCCUGAACUACAGUGUCUUGCGUAUCAGCUGUUUUAAGACAUUAUUCUGCUCUUCUGUGUGUAUGUAAGCUACAGUAGGUGCAUCUGAUCGAUCAUUAAGAGUAGAAUUACAUGUUUUCUGCUUGCACUACUAACUAGUUCAUGGUUUGUUAGUUUGGACAGGAAUUUUGUGUUUUAGAAUUCACUCCAGGUUUCUGGUCUUGCUGCUUGUUUACACUAUAAAGAAAAAAGCUGACUUGAAAGGAAAUUUCAUUGUUUUGUUUUUUUUGUUUUUGGUAGUUUGCUUUAAUCACUGAGUAUUGUAGAUCCUCACCACAAAUUAAAGUUGUUAUCAGUGUUGUGACCGCUGCAA